AUGGUCACAGUCACUUGUCAUACGUCAUAUACGUGUUCAGCAAUACCGAGCAUUACUACAAACACGGGUACAGUGGCACAUAGACACAGUCACUUGUCAUACGUCAUAUACGUGUUCAGCAAUACCGAGCAUUACUACAACACGAGUACAGUGGCACAUGGUCACAGUCACUUGUCAUACGUCAUAUACGUGUUCAGCAAUACCGAGCAUUACUACAACACGAGUACAGUGGCACAUGGUCACAGUCACUUGUCAUACGUCAUAUACGUGUUCAGCAAUACCGAGCAUUACUACAACACGAGUACAGUGGCACAUAGACACAGUCACUUGUCAUACGUCAUAUACGUGUUCAGCAAUACCGAGCAUUACUACAACACGGGUACAGUGGCACAUGGUCACAGUCACUUGUCAUACGUCAUAUACGUGUUCAGCAAUACCGAGCAUUACUACAACACGGGUACAGUGGCACAUAGACACAGUCACUUGUCAUACGUCAUAUACGUGUUCAGCAAUACCGAGCAUUACUACAACACGGGUACAGUGGCACAUGGUCACAGUCACUUGUCAUACGUCAUAUACGUGUUCAGCAAUACCGAGCAUUACUACAACACGAGUACAGUGGCACAUGGUCACAGUCACUUGUCAUACGUCAUAUACGUGUUCAGCAAUACCGAGCAUUACUACAACACGGGUACAGUGGCACAUGGUCACAGUCACUUGUCAUACGUCAUAUACGUGUUCAGCAAUACCGAGCAUUACUACAACACGAGUACAGUGGCACAUGGUCACAGUCACUUGUCAUACGUCAUAUACGUGUUCAGCAAUACCGAGCAUUACUACAACACGAGUACAGUGGCACAUGGUCACAGUCACUUGUCAUACGUCAUAUACGUGUUCAGCAAUACCGAGCAUUACUACAACACGGGUACAGUGGCACAUGGUCACAGUCACUUGUCAUACGUCAUAUACGUGUUCAGCAAUACCGAGCAUUACUACAACACGAGUACAGUGGCACAUGGUCACAGUCACUUGUCAUACGUCAUAUACGUGUUCAGCAAUACCGAGCAUUACUACAACACGAGUACAGUGGCACAUGGUCACAGUCACUUGUCAUACGUCAUAUACGUGUUCAGCAAUACCGAGCAUUACUACAACACGAGUACAGUGGCACAUGGUCACAGUCACUUGUCAUACGUCAUAUACGUGUUCAGCAAUACCGAGCAUUACUACAACACGAGUACAGUGGCACAUGGUCACAGUCACUUGUCAUACGUCAUAUACGUGUUCAGUAAUACCGAGCAUUACUACAACACGGGUACAGUGGCACAUGGUCACAGUCACUUGUCAUACGUCAUAUACGUGUUCAGUAAUACCGAGCAUUACUACAACACGAGUACAGUGGCACAUGGUCACAGUCACUUGUCAUACGUCAUAUACGUAUAA